GCGCAGCUGCCUAGAACGUCGUUUUCACUGACGCAACAUCGAUCGCGCACUUCCACUGGAUAUAACCUUUGCAUUUUCCAACGAGGUUUCGCGACCCAACCGAGUUUUGCCGUCCGACAAAUUCAAGUGAAAUCAGCCUAUACUUCGCGCCUAAAUUUCCAAUUGCACACAAUACCAUCCACGCGACUUCCGAUCUGUUCUCCGAAAAAUGAAGAUCACCAAGAGUUCCGACUGAGCAACCCCACGGACGAAACCUUAGGAGAGACCUGCACCGCUUUCGGAGUGAAAGUUUCGUGUAACGCCGCCCCAUGUAUCGUCAAGUGUGCCUCGUUGCAAUUUUGAGCUAUUCAGAAAACAUUGAUGGGAUUUGAAUUGCGACUGUCCUUGGUUCAGUAAUUGCGAAGAUUGAUACUUAUCCAGGAGAGAAUUAAAAGGCCUAUGAAUAGUCGUCAAAGAAUAUGAAUGAUCGUGACUCGUCGGCGGCUGCAUCGACGCGAAAUUCUCCCCGAUAACGGCGUCGAUCGCAGACGUCGGCGAUUAACGUCAUUAUUAUCGUCGGCUCUAACAAUUACAACAAUUAAACAUCGAAAUCAUGGACAAAGAAGAGUUUUUUGCAAAUCUACAUUAUUUGCCAAUUGCCGUCUUUAUCUCCUUGCCUGCAGUUUUCAUUUUAACAUACACAAUCGCUGUCUUACUAGAGCAUGUAGAAGCUGGUUUUCCUUACAUUUCUGAUGCAGCGACUUACGCACCAGAAAGUUGUAUAUUCUCUCAAGCGGUUAAUCUGAUCGCUAUUCUCAUGGGGUUCAUGAUCUACAUAAGAUAUUGCCAAGUUAAAGAAUGCAUCAGAGCUUUUGGUUCAUCAACUUCUUUACCGAAAUGGAAUCAUUGGGCUUUAAUUUUCGGUCUUAUAUCAACCGCUGGUCUAUCAAUCGUCGCAAACUUUCAAGAAACAUCAGUAAUAGUAGUUCAUCUUAUCGGUGCAUUUCUUUGCUUCGGAGGUGGUACCGCGUAUUUUUGGACCCAGGUCGUAUGUUCAUUUUACUUGCAUCCCUCAGGAUACUCAUUACGACUCGUGCAUUUUCGCACGGCGCUAUCAACUUUCUGUUCUAUAUGCUUCUUCGUGAUCCUCAUCACAGGCGUAUUGGCCCAUUUGGCCUAUAAGGGAAAAAAUCCUCGGAAAUGGUACAAAGAGGACGGCGGCUGGGAAUUGCACGUAGCUAGCACGAUAACCGAAUGGCUUUGCGCAAUAGCAUUUUGCGCUUAUAUCCUGACAUUUACGGAAGAGUUUAGGGAUGUCAGAAUAAGUCCUCCAAAGGUAAUCUGUAACCUACACCGUGUGAGAUCAAAUAACGAAAUAUUAGAUGAGAGCCAAGGCUCCGGUUCUAUGAAUCACGAUCAGAUGAAUCCAUCAACCAGUACCUGAUCGCUCUUAGGCAGAGGCGUCGGCGGCUAUGUCAA